AACGGAUGUGAUAAAACGAGGAGCGUAGCACGUCACAGCUCAUAAAGGCCCGCCGCGCCGCGCCGUUCGUCGACCUGUUUGACGCACGCCAGACGGGCGCCGGCCCUCGCCCGCUAUAGCGAUACGGGAAAAUGGCGGUGUGACGGGGCUGUGGUGGUGUGUGGUGGCUAAGUUACUUCAACGAUAUUUUCCCUCACACUUCACAUAUUUUAUUGGCAUUUCAAAUCUAGUGUCAAAGUCUUAAAGAUCUGUAUUAAAACUAAACAUGUCAUCUGGUAGACCAAUCAAAUGUGUUGUGGUUGGAGAUGGAACUGUUGGGAAGACUUGCAUGCUGAUAUCGUACACUACUGACAGUUUCCCAGGGGAAUAUGUACCAACAGUGUUUGACAAUUACUCUGCUCCAAUGGUAGUAGAUGGCAUACCUGUUAGUCUGGGCCUCUGGGACACUGCUGGCCAGGAGGACUAUGACAGAUUGCGGCCUCUUUCCUAUCCACAGACCGAUGUAUUUUUAAUUUGCUUUAGUGUAACCAGCCCAUCAUCAUUUGAAAAUGUUACUUCAAAAUGGUAUCCUGAAAUUAAACAUCACUGUCCAGAUGCCCCUAUGAUCCUAGUUGGUACAAAAAUAGAUCUAAGGGAUGAUCGUGAAACCUUAACUGCUUUAGCUGAGCAAGGUUUGUCCCCUAUAAAAAGAGAGCAAGGACAAAAAUUAGCUAAUAAAGUUCGAGCAGUUAAAUAUAUGGAAUGCUCUGCAUUAACACAACGAGGACUUAAACAGGUGUUUGACGAGGCAGUGCGAGCAGUUUUGCGACCUGAACCUCAGAAGCGUCGACAAAGGAAAUGUAUUAUGCUCUAGAUGCAAUGUGAGCUCCUAGUACCAGAAGGGCCAGUGCUUUAUGGAGUUUUCUGCUAUGAAGCAUUAGGAUUCCUUUGCUUUAAGCAGGAGUAUUUUGAUCCUUAACUGUUUGCAAAGUCAAAAGAAGGAAUGCAGGAAAAGCCUACAUAGAGAAGCUUUGGAACGUCCUAUUGUUACAAGAUAUGCGCCCUUUUAAUUUAAGGAGGAUACAUUUGAGAUGUUUGAAUAUUGAUGAAUGACUUGAAAUUUGUGUGUUGCAGUUACAUUUGGGCUGCUUUUAUAAGAUAUGAUUGAGGUAAGUUAUUUGUUGAAGUCAUUACUACAAUCACAUGUUUUAUACUGUAUUACUUAUUCAAUGAGUUUGAUGCUCUGUCUAAUAUUCCCAGUGUCAAUAUUUCAUUGUAAUACAUGUGUGACACUCAUAUAUUUUUUAAUAUCUAAUUGAUUCAUUGUUGCCAUACCAGAUCAUGAUCAUUUUCUGUUGUUUAAUUAUUGCAGUUAAUAUAAAUUAUACUUUGUGCCAUAACAGAAUGCUGUAAGACAUUACAUUUAAUGCGGUUGCAAAUUACUUUUCUGUAUUUAUAAAUUAUUCGUAAAUGUGAGUCUAUUAUCAAAAGGAAUUGAUUGUAAAAAUGGAAAUGUCCCUUGGUCUUGAGCCAUCUUGCUCGUCAUGAAAAAAUUGGGUCUGUGGAGGGGAUAUGAAUCAUCUGCAAAUGUGCAAAUGAGAGUUGGAAAUGGUUACUGUUGAAAAUAUUGACAGGCAAUUGUUUUGUAUUAUCUGCUUUGCAAAUAAAUGGUUUUAUCUUUCAUAAUACAGAACUAUGUAUGUUAAUGUUCUCGGGUCUUGGAGUGUGAUUAAGAAAAGUAAUCUAUUAAGCAUGGAAAAGUAUUUGUGUAUUUUCUACAAAUGUUUGAAACUGCAGUGUCAAUACCAGUAACAAAUAGAUCUGUGCUAUGUCAUGUAAGGAUUGUAUACUGUGCUUCUAAUAGUACAUUUUGAACAAAGUCUCUGUAAAAGACACGCUGUGAAUAUAAACAAAAUAAAUGAAUAUCUUUUGUUCAGGAGAACUUCUUCAAUACUUCUUGGGAGACUUUGUUACAUAUUUCAAUGUUUUCAUGAUCACUGCCAUAAUCUUCUUCUCAUUUUAUCUUCCAUGUGUCAAAAGCCAAUCAGAAACGCUUCUCUUGUGAAGCUAUGCAAAUUAGAAAUCAUAAUUAGAAAAAUUGAUAGAGUAUGACAUGAAUAUAUUUGGUGAAAGAUCAAGGAUUAUUUCCAAAUAUGAUUCAGGUGGCUUUGGUAUGAACUGUCAUGCUUUUUUAGGGGAGAAUAUUCCGUGGCUGUAAAUUUGUCUUCUCAAUUCCCAUUUGCACAUAGUGAUCUAUUUGCAAUGGAAUAAGGGUGCCCAUGGAAGAAACUCAUGAGUAAUUUAGUUAAUAACUUUUUUUUAUUGUUAUCAACACUACAUUGUAGUUGGUUCUAUAAAUUGCAUGAAUACUUACGCAAUUGCACAAAUGAUAAGCUUAAUACAGAAUGUGUGUCCAUUAUCUCAUUUACCAUAAGCACAAUAGUUCUGCAUAUUUUUAAGUUGUAUAGAGAGUUGCAUUUAGUGUAUCUAAAAUGUGAAUAACAGGCAUCUCAGUUGUGGAGAAGUGUGUAGUAUUAUCAAAAUAAUGAAGACUGCUCUUUUUAUAUAAUUGUAUAAUUUUGUUACUUGUGCUUGCAAUUUUUUAAAUAACUGUGAGUACUUGGGUUUUAGAAAUAAGUGAAAUGUAGUAUUUCAUGAAAACCUUAGCUGCUUUUUCAUUUAUUGUGUAUUCCCUUCAGGCAUAAUAGUAUAUUUGCCUGUGCUUCUCAUUGCUGGUGUUAAGUCAUAUAUUGUAGUUACCAGUUCUGACUGCCACUUUCUACUGAGAAACUGUGCACCUUUCCCAGCAAAAAUAAAUCCUCUAUAAUGGAACAGUGGGUGAAGAAAGUUACUUUGUUGUGAAAUAAUAAUAUAUUUUCUGCACUUACGUAAAGCAUUUAUAAGUUUAGAAAUAUCAUCCUUAUUUAUUCACUUUUUAUUGAAAUAUUUGUUGAAUGAUGUCUUAAGUUCAUGAUGUAGUGUCAUAAGCAGUUAAAACCUGCUGCUGGUUUUAGUUUACUACCUUGUAACCUAAAGAAAGAAUAUUUAUAGCAGUUUUUAGUAUGAAAAAGAAGUGAUGCUCGUGAGUUGCAUGUGAAUUACUUCACAAUUCAAAUGAUUAAAGGAGAUGAAUAUGCAUAUUGAAAUAUAAGCCCAGCUGUGGAAUGUGGAAUAGUAAUUAUAUAAAAUGAGUUGUUAAUUCACAUGCUUUUCAGAUCUUUGCUUUAUUCCAAGAUGAAGGCUCAUGCCAAAGAGUUUUGGUACACCUCUGAUUUAAUUGCAUUAUUUUAUCUCUAGAACCUCUGUUGUGAAAAUGUCGAUGGCUCGGUUUCAAUGCUCUCUAAUCAUACAAAUUGCUUCCUUAAAAAUAUGGUGGACAAAAUAUUUUUGCAAUAUUUUGUCAUCAAGCUGUUUGUUGUCAGUUCUGCAAAGACAGUUUUUGAAACCUGGCGAACAUCCACCACAUUCUGCAACCAGGCAUUAGUUAUUACAAGGUCUUCUAAGAUAACUUUUUUUUUUAAGAACUGAUUAUGUAGUUCAGUGAUCUUACCCAUGUAUUUGUUAUGGAUCUGUUUUAAAGAUUUGUAUGGUACAUGUUCAUUUGUUUUAAAUCGUAUAAUUUCUAAAGCAUGUUAAUUUGGAUGUGCUAACAUUUAUUCUCAACCAAACCUACAUGUUCCUUGAACUAAAGUUUUAUUGAGGUUAUUUUGGUUUAUAACACAAAUUUUUAAAAUGUUAAUGUUGCUUGCCCAAGGAAAGCAGUCCUGACUCAAGAGUAUGCAGUGAAUGCAUUAUUUAUUUAGCCUUUUAUGCUUUGUAAUUUUAUGAACUGCAUUUUCAAGAAGGGGAGUCUCAUUGCAUAUCAUUAGUAAUUUCCUCAGGAUCUCUUUAUUUUUUUAUUUAUUAAAAUCAAGUCAUUUUUGCAAUGUUUUAUGGCACUUUUUUGCAAUAGAACUCAUACAAAGUUGUUAAGUGGAUUUCUUUCGUAUAAAUUUUGUAUCACAAAAGUAGAUUGCUAUUAACUAUUUGAAAUUGUUAUUGCUAAAAGAAUAGUAGUAUCAUUUUCCGAAUAUGAAAAAAGUUGCCAUUCCUGAGGAGUAGAGAUUUAGAAUGAACAUGUAUUGGAAAGGUGCCACUGAUAAUCAGGUUGUGAUGAAGGUAAUGCUUAUGGUUAUGUGCUUUUGGUUUAUUCAAAGUACAUCUUACAUUUCUGGAAUGAGAUUUCCUUAAGUUGGAAUGAGAUGUGAAACCUAUUUUGCAUUUUAUUUAAAAUCAAAAACACACUAAAAUUCAUAAUACUCAUUUUUAACUUGUAAUGCAUGGAUGUGUACUCUGUAUUUGUGGUUUUAUGAAAUCAAGUGAAUAAUUAACCAAAGUAUGUCAGCCAAGUAACUGACAGUUUUUUAAUAAUUCUAGUCAAAAGUUAGUUACACUGCAGUGAAAAGCAUAUUACUUUAAUAAUUGUAAGGGAAUUAUCCAAACAUUGUGUUAAUUAUUGUGAUUUUAUAAUAUCUUUAUUUUAAAACAAGGGAAAGAAGAAAUAAGACUCAGGAAAAUUAUGUACAUAAACAAUAACAAAUUUGUAAAGAAAAUAUAUUGAUCGCAAUGUAACUUUUGUCCAUUACAACUAGCAAUGAAUAAAUUGUGUGUGAAAACUGUCUUU